AUGCAAAACAUUUUGGAAGAGUCACAAAGAAAUGUCCAGUUUGAUUCAGAUAUCGUUGGCAAAGUAUCAUUAGAUAAAUAUCUCAAUUGUACAGAGUCAGAAGCGACAACCACAUUAUUGAUGGAUUUGAAGUUGCAGAGCUCAAUUUUUUUAAUUAUUGCUAAUCAGUUAGAACAUUAUCAUUAUUGGAAACCUUAUGAAGAGUCAUUGAAGCUCAGAAGAACGUCUUAG